AAGUCGGAAGUUGAAUCUGCUUCUCCUGCAGCAGUAACUUUCGCUUCGCUCCUUCACAACAAGAUGGACUGGAAUGAAGACGGGAAUGAUCACGGCCAUAUGCAUGGCGGCUGUAAACAUGGGCAUUCGGGCCAUUCCCACAGUCACGGGCCGAGAGCGGCGGCGUUUGGUGGGGUCCCGUUCAUGCAGCCUUUUCACGGGCAGUUCGGCAAAAACACAGAGCAGAUGGGGGACAUCAGCCAGCAGCCGAAGAAACGGUCUCACAUGGACGACAGCAGCAGCUGGGACAUAGUCAAGGCAACACAGUUUGGUAUCCUUGAUCGCUGUAAGGAGCUGGUGGAGGCGGGAUACGACGUGAGGCAGCCGGACAAGGAGAACGUCACUUUGCUGCACUGGGCGGCUAUAAACAACCGCUUAGAGCUGGUCAAGUAUUACAUUUCCAAAGGGGCGAUCGUUGAUCAGCUCGGAGGAGAUCUCAGCUCCACUCCACUCCACUGGGCAAUCAGGCAGGGUCACCUCCCCAUGGUGAUCCAGCUGAUGAGGUACGGAGCAGACCCGUCCAUCUCCGACGGAGAAGGUUACCGUGCUCUCCACCUCGCCAUCCUCUUCCAACACAUGGCAAUAGCAGCUUAUCUUAUGGCUAAGGGACAGGAAGUUGAUGGGCCUGACUGCAACGGACAGACUCCACUGAUGUUAGCAGCCCAGAAGAUUAUUGGGCCUGAGCCCACAAACUUCUUAAUCAAAAAUAAUGCUUCUGUGAGCGCUGUGGACAAGGUGAACAGGAACACUCCUCUGCACUGUGCCGUGCUGGCAGGAAAUGUGGACGCUGCCCACAUUCUGCUGGAGGCCGGGGCCGGCGUGGACGCAGAAAACAUUAACGGUCACACACCCAUCGACUUGGCGCACCAGGUACACAGCCCUCUGCUCAUCCACAUGCUCAACCACAUCAAACAGGAGAGGGUUCGCGCUAACUUUCGCUGUCUGCGGUUCUUGAACAGAUACAAGGUCAUUCUGCAGUUUUUACUCUGCACUGGCAUAAUUGGAAGUGUUGCUGCAAUACUUGACAUGAACUCUGACUCCUGGCUACUCAAAGGGAUCCUGUUGGCCUGUGUAAUCGGUGUGUUCAAUCUGGCCUCAAGGAAUUUCCCAAGUCCAGCCUUUCAGACGCUCCUACCAUCUACAACUCUCAUGGCCUCGAUUUUAUGGAUGCUCGUCACCUGGUGCCUCUGGUUCCUGCCAGUUGGACCAAGCGCCACAGUUCAGGUAUUGUUCACGCUGAACGCCACUGCUCUGUUCUACUACUACCUCCGCACCUGCAGGACCGACCCAGGUUUCCUCAAAGCAACGGAAGAAGAGAAGAAAAUGAGUGUGUUGCUGUUAGCUGAAGCUGGCUGCCUGGACCCCAGGAUAUUUUGCACGUCUUGUAUGGUAAAGAAACCAAUGAGGACGUCUCACUGCUUCACCUGUGAUUCCUGUGUGGCGAAGCAGGACCACCACUGCGUCUGGACCAACAGCUGCAUCGGUGCGAGGAACCAUCACUUCUUUGUCCUCUUCCUGUUCUCCCUCAUGAUGUUGGGGGCCUGGAUGUUUUACGCUUGUCUUAUGUAUUGGUUUACUCACUGCAACCUGAAUUAUGAAGAGCAGGGCCUGUGGGGCGCUAUAUCCAUCCUGGUCAACUGUUCUCCCUGGCUGCUCUGCAUCUUCCUGAUGGCUUUCUAUUAUACUUGCUGGUCUGGUGGGAUGCUGGUGUUGCAGCUCUACCAGAUUGCAUUCCUGGGACUGACCACAGCAGAGCGAUUAAAUCUGAUACUCAACCAGAGGAAACUUAGACAGAAUGUCUCCCUCAGGCAGAAUCCAUACAAUAUGGGCAUAGUGAGAAACCUGGUGUCUUUCUUCCAUCUGCGGUGCUGUGGCCUCUUCAAACCGGCCGUCAUCGACUGGACGCAGCAGUUCCCCCCUGGCCGUGACCAGCACAUGUUCGGACACACCGACAUGGUCUGACCUCCUCCCCUCCCCUCCCUCAGGGUUAAGGGUCAGACUCUAAACUGUGGUUCUGGACCAAAUGCACAGAUUGUAUUUAUUUAUUUUUUUACAUAUAUUGGCUCCCUGUAAAGAGAAACCACCAUGUUGGGAGCUGUGAAAACGUAAAGUAUAGAUUUAGUUCGACCCGGUUGCUCUGUGUACUGACUGCUGCUGCCUUAUACUUGACCAGUGUAAGUAAAAAGAACAUCAUAAAGGUUUUAGUUUGGGGGACGUUAACAGGAUCUUUGAGUUGUAAUUGAACUUUUGUGCUGUUUCUAUGAACACAUUAAGCCUAUUUUUUACCAUCUGUUCUGAUAAAGCAAAGAAUCUUUGUAUGUGUAAGCACUUGUUUUUAUGACUUUUGUAAAAGCUGCAUGUGUUAAUAAUGACCACUAUAACAUGUCAAUAAAGCAAUGUUGUGCCUGUCUUCUUAA